AUGGUAGUGAAGCUGGUCCUUGACAGUUUUCUCUUGGCCCAUUUGGAGGUUGUGGUGGGAGUACUUGGGCUGGCUCUACUCGGGAAGUUGGCGUUUAACAGAUAUGGUUAUGGCAUUGCCCAUAUUCCUGGGCCCUUCUUGGCCUCGAUUACCGACUUUUGGAGGCUAUUCGUGGUAUGGGGGCGGCGACCAGAGAUAGAGCAUAUCAGGCUACACAAGCAGUACGGCAAAUUCGUGCGACUCGGCCCCAACACUGUCUCAGUAUCCGACCCAAGCUCUAUCCGAGAAAUCUAUGGGUUGGCGACCGGGUUUAAGAAAUCCGACUUCUACAUAGUUCAACAGACGCUGGCAAAAGGUCGGCCUCUAUCCACCCUCUUCACGUCUACUGACGAAAAGUUCCACGCAAAGCUUAGGAGAGCAGUACACGGCGCAUAUGCGAUGAGCACCCUCGUGCAGUUUGAACCUUACGUGGACUCGACGAUCCGGGCGCUCAUUCGGCAAAUUGAGAUAAGAUUCGCGGACAAGCAGGAAAUUUGUAACUUUGGACAAUGGCUUCAAUAUUACGCUUUUGAUGUUAUUGGGGAGCUUACUUAUUCAAAACGACUGGGAUUUAUCGAUAAUGGUAUUGAUGUCGAUGGAAUCAUAUCGAGUAUCGAAUGGAUGCUUGACUACGCCAGUGUCGUUGGGCAAAUCCCUCUGAUUGACAAGCUCUUGUUCAAGAAUCCAAUUCGACUGUUUCUCUCUAAACUCGGAUUGAUUGGAUCAACUACUCCCAUGGUGACCUUUGCGUGGCAGCGAUUCUCGGAGAGGGUGGACCUUGCUACAGGUAUAGAGAAAUUGUCGACAGAAUCAGAGGUUUCGUCCACCAGGCGUGAUUUUCUUUCUAGGUUUCUUGAAGCACACAAGAAGGACCCUGCCUUCAUCUCAAAUGACCGAGUUCUGGCACUCUCCGUGGCAAAUAUCUUUGCCGGUUCUGACACGACAGCCAUUUCUUUGCGGUCUGUGUUUUAUUUCCUCCUAAAGCACCCAGAAGAGCUCCAGCGUCUUCGGGAGGAGCUAGACCAACAGAAACAGACUGGAAACUUCAAAAGGACCGACGGGCUAGUUGACUGGGAGGAAGUGAGAGAGCUACCAGUACUGAACGCAGUCAUCAAAGAGGCGCUACGAAUGCACCCUGCUGCCGGACUCACCCUGGAACGGAUUGCGCCGCCGCAAGGGAUCCAAGUUUGCGGUAAAUUCAUCCCCGGAGGCACUACAAUCGGCUGCAGCGCAUGGACGAUUCAUCAGGAUACCACUAUAUUUGGGCCGGAUCCAGAUCGCUUCCGGCCCCUACGAUGGUUAGAGGCUUCUCAGGAACAACGACGUCUUAUGGAAAAGUAUCUUUUUACAUUUGGCGCGGGCUCACGAACAUGUAUUGGGAAAAACAUCAGUUUGCUGGAGAUGUAUAAGCUAAUCCCCGCUCUGCUGAUGCGCUUUCAGGUAAGUCAAAAUCACAUGCACAGUCAGCGAGUGAAGGCUAAUAUGUCGACGCAGCUGGAACUUCCAAGCAGUGACUCAGAGUGGAAGUUGCACAAUGCAUGGUUCGUCAAACAAACGGAGUUCUAUGUCAGAUUCCGAAGAUGUGGGCCAUCAUGA